CCGCCUGGCCACCUCCCGCCCGAGCCCGCGAGCCCGCCGGCCGCUUCCGUCUCACGCAAGCGCAGCAGCCGGGCAGCAGACGCCGGCGGCAGGAUGGUCCUGGACAGCGUGGCCCGCAUCGUGAAGGUGCAGCUGCCCGCCUACCUCAAGCAGCUGCCGGUCCCCGACAGCAUUACCGGCUUCGCCCGCCUCACAGUUUCAGAAUGGCUCCGCCUGCUGCCCUUCCUUGGUGUACUUGCACUUCUCGGCUACCUUGCCGUGCGUCCAUUCUUCCCGAAGAAGAAACAACAGAAGGAUAGCUUGAUUAAUCUUAAAAUACAAAAAGAAAAUCCUAAAGUAGUGAACGAAAUAAACAUUGAAGAUCUGAGUCUUACUAAAGCAGCGUACUGUAGGUGUUGGCGUUCCAAGACGUUUCCUGCCUGUGAUGGGUCCCAUAAUAAGCAUAAUGAAUUGACGGGCGAUAACGUGGGUCCGCUCAUACUGAAGAAGAAAGAAGUAUAACAGUAGCCAUUUAGGAUUGAAACUCUUGUACUCUUUCCUCGUUUGUUGUGCAUAGAAAGUCUUUGGAGGGUUUACCUGUCAGUACUGGUUGAAUAAUUCUUUCUGCCAAUUAUUUCUUGCUACACUACUGCUUAUAUUUGAUACUUUAUAUAGUCAGUCCUGAAAUCAAGAGUUAAUAAAGUCAAUACUAAAGAUUAUAAUUAAUUGGGAAUUUAAAGUUUGGCCAAGGGCCGAAAGUUAUUUCUUUGCAUAUCAGUAUUUUAACAGAAUGUAUAUAUUUUUUAAAAAAGUUCUCCCCUGUUCUGUUAAAUGUAUUUUUGUACUAUUUUGUUUUGCUCAUUUGAAGUAGUUUGUCAUCCUUUGGCCUUUGUGGAACUCUGUUGUUUUUAGAUGAAGUAUGAAAAAUAUUGCCAUCAAGAAUUUCUUUGGGGCAAUAAAGCCCCUUGUUUUAUAGAUAUUCUUGUCUCAUUUCUAUGAUUAUCUCAAUUUGUAAAGUAAAUCAGAUAUACAAAUGUUCCAGCGAGAAACAGUUACUUACAUCAUAAAAAAUUGAUCACCAUACAAAAGGCUUGCUCAGUGUGUGUGUGUGUGUGUGUAUGUGUGUGUGUGUAUGUGUGUGUGUGCUGUUUAACUUGGUGCCAGCUGGGCAGUAAGAGCACUUACCACGAAGGUCUACUUAUGAGCUGCAGUAUGAAGGUCAAGUAGAUGUAAAGUAUCUGAACUUGCCUUAAAAUAACCCAUACUCAAUUGUGUUUUCUCAUUUUUGUAGUCAGUUACAGAGGAACAGGGCAACAGAAUAUUAAGUCACUUGUAAUUUAAGGGGUUGAGUGUGCACAUACUGAGAGAAAAAGUUUUGGUCUUUUUUUAAGAAGUGAUAGCUCUUUAUUGCAUUAACUUCACAAAGCAUAGACAAAAUGUUUGUGUGCGUAAUGGCAGAAGAGCGCCUGCGAGGACAUAUGGCACAGCGUGAUCUGCCUGCUGCCAAGGAGGAUGACUCAGACAGCAAGGCUUACUACUUUUACUUUCCAUUCCUCUCCUGAUCUCCACACAAACAUUUGUAUACUUUAAAUUGAUUUUUAAAUCAAGACUUUGAAUAAAAUUGUCAAAACACAAUGAAGCUUUCUAGAAUUGUCUAAAGAGAGGUAGGAUAGAGGCAGCAUUGCGGGAUCCUAAUGCAGAUGGACUAGACACUAGCUGUGCAGGGAAGUCAGCCGGGCAGGUGUUACCCGCGGAUACUGCAGGCAACAGCACCACAGCAGAACCGCUCAUUUCAUAACUGAAAUGAUACACUGUUAAGGGUAAAAUAAGGAUAUAUAACAAAGGUGAAAUUUAGUUUAGUACUUGAGUUCUGCCAUAAAACUUGUUACCUCUAGGAGCAGGGGAAAAGCAGAACAGUUAUAUUUGGGGACACUCAUUUGUCAGGUCUGCUGGGUUAGAUGGGUCAUCUCUAGGGUUUCUUAUUUAUUUAAUGAGCAUUUAGUGAGCCUGGUGCCACAUAUAUAAUACAUUCUGUUCUCUUUCAUUAGCGAUUAUAUCUAGCUGUUUGAGAAAGACUAGUGAUGGCAAGCCAAGUCUCCAUGCUAAAAGGAAAAUAGUUAUAAAUCAAUUUAUCACAUAAUUAAAUUACAUUGAUACAUUUUAUACUCUUAAUGUUUGUGAAGUGUGAAUGUAAAAACAUUUGUUUUAACAUUAAAACCUUUGUCUAUUUAGA